AUGAAUAUCAGUUAUAAAGAGGGAAAUCCUAUUUAUGAUCAUAUAAAUAAUUUUCAGGGUGUCCUUGACCAGCUGUCUAAAAUAGGUGUAAAGUUUGAUGAAGAAAUACAAGUACUCUGGCUUCUUAAUAUUCUGCCAGAUUCUUUUGAAACUCUUCAAGUUUCUUUGACUAAUUCUGCUCUUGGUGGUAUUGUAACUAUGACAAGGGGAGAAGCAAGUUUAGAGGUCACAAUGAGUAGAAGUAAGUCAAAGUCUAAGUACAAGAAUAUUAAAUAUGAUUAUUACCACAAGAAUGGGCAUGUUAAGAAAUAUUGCUACAGGUACAAGAGAGCUAUGAGACAAUAUAAGAAAGAUGGCGAUAAUGAAAAUCAUGUUUCUAUUAUUGCUAAGGAUGAUCUUCUUGUUACUUGUGGUGAAAAUGCCAUUAAUCUUGUUUGUGGUUAG